UACUCAGCAGUUUUAAUUUGUAUUCAACAGUUUUAUGGAACUGGUUCGCAAGAAAACUAUAAAUUGUGACCAAGGAGCUGUGCGGGCUGUUCGUUACAACGUGGACGGUUCGUACUGUUUGUCCUGCGGUUCAGACAAAAAGAUAAAACUAUGGAAUCCCCAUUCCGGUUUGCUGCUGAAAACCUACGGUGGCCACGCCGGUGAGGUAAUGGAUGCGGCCGGUAGCUGCGACAGCGGUUUCAUAGUAUCCGUAUCGGCGGACAAAAGCGUCAUCUAUUGGGACGUAACAACGGGACUGCCGGUCCGGCGAUUGCGUGGCCAUGCUGGUACGGUGAAGUGCGUCAAGUUCAAUGAGGAUUCAUCGGUGGCGGUUUCCGGUUCUACGGACAACACGGUCAUGUGUUGGGACAUACGGACGCGGAAGUUGGAUCCGGUGCAGACCAUGCGCGAGGCAAAGGAUUGCAUCAGCUCGUUGGUGGUGACGGAGCAUAAGAUCAUUGCCGGAUCGUUGGAUGGAUCCAUUCGGCAGUAUGAUCUUAGGGCGGGUGAAUUGACGUCCGACACGAUAGGAGUUCCCAUAACGCACAUUGUGCAAACCAGCGAUGGACAAUGCUUGCUGGCAGCGUGCCUGGACAGUACCAUUCGAUUGAUCGAUACCGAUACGGGGGAACUGCUGUCCGAGUACAAAGGUCACAGAACGGAAGACUAUCACAUCGAGUGUGGUGUGAUCGGGAGUGAUUCGCAGAUCAUUUCCGGAUCGGCGGCAGGAUGUGCUGUUAUUUGGGAUUUGCUGGAAGGCAGCGAAGUCCGGCGAUUGCCGAUGGAGUCCGGCGUGGUUCACUCGAUGGCGCCGCACCCCACCGGGAGUGAUAUUAUGUUUGCGAAAAGACGGCAGGUUGAAUUGUGGGGCCUGCCUUCGGACGAGGUGGACGACGAUGAGGAGGUGGUUGAAAUAUUCUAAUAAA